UUUUAGAGCGAAAACAAGUUCAGCGCCAGCGAAUGAGCAAUUCUCCAGUUUAUUCCCGAAACAAUGGGAGCGGAGGGGGAGGAGCGUCUGAAGUUCCAGCGGAGUGCGGGGAAUUGGGAGAAAAGAAGGAAGAGCCUGAAGGACUCGCAGAAAGAAAAGGCCGGCGUUUCGUGACGGCUGCUGAUUUAUUGGUAAUUAAUCAGAGAGAGAGAGAGAGAACAGGAGGAGAGCAGGGCCCGGCGGCCGGAGUGUGUGUGUGUGUGUGUGUGUGUGUUGAUUCAGGCGUCGAGCUGCGCGAGACCUGAACAGCUUUAAAUCUUCUUGUUCAAUGGAAACACAGUUUUCUGUCCAGGCCAACUGUAAACCGUCGCCUGCCACAUCCUCAGCGUUUCGACGUUCCGUCCUGUUAAUCUGUACGGGACAGUCACUGGACCAGACACUGCACAGUGUGUAUGAGUGUGUGUGUGCAUCACAUGUGUAUCAUGUGCUCCUGAAUGUGUGUGUGUGUGUGUGUGUGUCUGCUCCCAUGUCAUGAUCACACUGUUCCCAAGACACACUGCCACUUUACUGUGUCUCACACACACACACACACACACACACACUGUCGCAUAACACGAGAACAGAGGAAAUGAGAGAAAGAAGAGAAAGAACUUGAGACAAACAAGGACCAUUUGGACCGAACGUUGUGUAGUUCUCCCUCCUCACCAGCUGGUGGCGGUGACGCACCGAUCCACUGUAUUCCAACCGCUGAUGAACCUCAACGGAAGGAGAAUGUCACGUAGAGGAGGUGGUGUUCUGUCACUUUUGACAUCAUUUCACUUUGCAUUUGAAGGUUUCAGGAAGCGACUCGCCGCCUCUGCUGCUCACGCCCAUGUUUUCUCAAAAUGGCGGGGAGUCGGUCCCAGCAGCCCCUCCCACUGCCACUGACAUCAGCGUUUCCAACUUUCCGGAACAACCAGUCGUUUUGUUUCAGCUACUUGGCUCCGCCACUGAACUGUUUUUUUUUGGUUCCUCUGUGUCCACGUCCUCGUUUCUCUUCAGUCUGAGGUCGGUGUGUUUCCCUGCUGCGGCCCUGUUCCCUUCUCUGACCUCAGGAGGCUCUAUUUUUAGACCUGGCGACCUUUGACCCCUGCAGCUUUAUCUAACCCUAGUACACAGUCUGGGAAACGAAAGGGGAUUUCCACAACUUAUACUGUCGCGUGUCUAUAAAUAAAAAUGCUAUUUCACUUUUUAAGACUCGUGUGGACUACGAGCUGCUGGGGGAACAUUCACCUCCUCGUACGUCGCAGUACAGAUUUAUUCUGAGCUGGAAUUCUGUCUGAAUCUCACAGCGUCAGUGUGGUCGUUUGAUUUGAUUUAGGAAUGUGGAAUUAUAAAUUCAUUAUAACAAGGACUGUUUUAAAAUGACUCUCUGAAAAACAGGGCUUUCGGGACACGAUUCUUUCCUCCUCGAGUUUCCUAAAUGUGCUAAUGUGGAUUUACUUUCACACACAAAGUGUCUGACACACACGGUGAAGCCUGGAGGGUCUUGGAGGCUCGAUUCGAUUGGACCUCAUCUUUAAACAUUUGUGAGAAAUGAAAUCAGAGAUGUUUGCUCAGGAAUUUCCUGCGGAGCAUGGAUCAGACUUUCUCUGCCUGGAAACGCAUCUUCCAUCUCCACGGUGACGGACCCACAUCAGUCGCAGAUCAGAGCUGAGUGCAGAGUUCAUGUCUUUUUGGAGCAACGUCGCCUCCAAGAGGCAAAUACUUACAACCAAUCUCUGUUUGUAAGGAUUCAAGUCAAAUCAUCACAUAAUUAUAUUAUUAUCUCUAAUAUUUCUCUCUCUUAGUAUGUAAAAAACAAGUAUCACAUAAUACAUCACAGCUGGGGGGAAAUGAAUAAGUAAAUACAAGUCAAUAAUGAAAACAAUCCAGUUGAAUGUAAAUAGCCAAUUGUGGCUUUGAAGAGAAGACACGCCCCUGCCCUGCCUGUGAUUGGGUUAGGUUUUGGCAAGAAGAGUGGUGAUUGGUUAGAGUUAGGGACGUGUUAUGAGUAAGCCAAUCAGAAGCAGAGUAGGGGGCGGGUCUUCACCUUCCUCGGGCAUGGGGGAAAACAGUGACGGUGACGCGCGGAACUGCAGACAAUACCGUUUGUUUACAAUUGCACCGGAAACGGAAUUAGACCGGUGUUGUUGUUUUUCCUCUUCCUCGCCGCUCCGCUGCUUCACGAACAGAAGUUUUUUGUUUUAUUUAAAACAAACAUGGAGUUUAAACUCAUCAUGGCGGUUUCCGGCUUCCCGAGUCUGUACGACACCAACUCUCUGACCUACAGAGACCUGAACAUGAGGAGCGACGCCUGGAGGCAGGUGGCGGAGAUCGUCGCUGUCCCCGAGUGUGAGUGCAGGAGGAAGUGGAAGACUCUGAGGGACCAGCACCGGAGGGAGCGUCAGCGGGAGAGGGAACGGCGUGAGAGCGGCGUGGGUCUGUUCAACUACCGGCCCUGGAGAUAUUCCUCCAUCUUGUCCUUCCUGAACCCGUUCAUCGACGCCAGGGCUGCGGGCACCAACGGCUGGGCCCUGGACCCGCAGCCCCCCCACCUCCACGUGGCCGACAUGGCGGCGGAGAUGCGGAGCGAUGACGACGACAACUACGGCGUCGCCGGAGCGGACGCCACGUCCUCGUCCUCAUCCUUCUCCGAGAUCAUCCAGAGGAAGCGUCCGUGUCCCGCCAACGGAGACGCCACCGGAGACGCCACCCGGCUGAAAGAAGCCAAGACUGAGCCCUCGGAUCAGCCGGCGCCAGUCCUGCGGCCCGACCUGACGGACCCGCCCACAUCGAGGCUGGGCCACCAUAGACCCACGCAGCAGGAGAUGAUGGCGAGUGAGAUGUUAGACCACACGGACGAGGAGGAGGAAGAGGAGUUCAGCGUAUCCCCCAGGCCGGGCCGAGCCCGGGGGCGGGGUGGCGGGGGCCUGUUGGAGGAGUUCCUGAGGAGGGUGGAGAGCCGGGAGGCUCACAGGAACCUGGACCAGCGGGACGACGUGGCCCUCUUCCUGCUCAGCCUGGCUCCGGCCAUGAGGAGACUCUCUGCAGAGAAACAGUCACUGGUCAGAACCAAGAUCCAGCAGCUUCUCCACGAGGCCCAGUUCGGUGCCACGAACUUCCACUGACGCCGGAAAAACAUUGUCUUAUCUGACGUUUGUACGAAACACGGCGCGCGGGUCAUGCCGUUCAGGACGACGAAGACAGAGACGAUAUUGUGAUUCACCUACAGAGACCUUCUUCAGUCCCACUUUUAUAAUUAUAAUAAUUGAGGCUGAACUUGUGCUUUGAUGUGUUUUUUGGUGCUUUUUCAUAAUAAAAUCCUUGUAAGAGGAAUUUGUGUUUUUUUA